CAAAAACUGGCAACACUCAAAACUCGCGAACGCGUUGUGCUGUCUGCAGCAACCCGCGAGUGUCACAAUAAAAAAAAUCGCAAAAACUGAAUGAUUAUUGUGUGAAAUAAACAUUUAUUGUUAACUUUCAAGUUCUGUACAGUGUUAAAUGUUUGAUGGAAGCGUAUUUGGGGGCCGCUGAUGCUACAAUAACGAGAAACAGAUCAAAAUCAGCCAAUCACUCGCCGCUACAAAACAAAUGGAUUAGCCUUAUAUUAUAAUAUAAGCCAAUCAAAUUAGACUAAGCAUAACAAUGUCGCGUCAUAUAGUCACAGUAUGUAUGUUUUGCCUGCUAUGCGCAGCGCACUCUUGCGGCUCGCACAUAGACAUCCAAAACGACGGAGUACUAACCUACGAUGCUAAAAUAAACGAUGUCGACCACUUAAAUAUAGAUUUAGAAGAGAAAAGAAAGCUCCCAUCGUCUCGAUAUCAUCAGAAACUACAGAAGAUUAGACAGGGAAAGGCUAAGAGGGAGAUCAAAGUAAACCCUGAUACGUACGUGACUCAGAUUUUUAGACUAUACGGUGACGCUGGUAGUAUGACAAUGAAUUUGACUGGGUUCAAUAAGAUGUUAGAAGAAUUAGAUCUUCAUAAGUUAGUUGAGGGGGGAGAGAGGAGCGAGAGUCGAGGCUACUUCCACGGGCAGAAUGGAAAAGAGGAUGUUGUUAAUUGUAUGAACAGUUCCGACCUAAUCACAACAGUGAACACGCGGUUAAAACCCGCGCACGACCACUCACACCCACACUCGCACACAGAACAUGGCGACCAUGAGCACGAAUCGGACGCCAUCAUCACAGAAUCCACACUACAGACUAUAUGUCCCAUCCUCCUAUACCAAAAACUAGCCAAUACCUCAAUAGAACGGACAGGGUGCAUAAAGGAAACCAGUAUAGGAAGAAGAACUGACGUCACAAUUAAACAUGUGCCAGAAGAAAGUGCAUACCACAAAAACAUGUACGCUGUCUGGCUAUAUUCAUCCUUAUGUAUAUUAGCAAUAAGUGCCUGUGGUCUUCUAGGAGUAGCGGUUAUACCGAUCAUGCAUAAAACUUAUUACAAUCACCUCCUACAGUUCUUAGUGGCAUUGGCAGUUGGUACGCUAUGUGGAGAUGCCUUACUGCAUCUAAUGCCUCAUGCCAUGAGUCCAGCCCAUGACCACGGAGCUCACGGAGAGACAGAGUUAGAAACACGAGACUCCCACAACGAUGGCAUGUGGAAGGGACUCGCAGCUAUGUUAGGAGUAGUCUUCUUCUAUUUCACUGAAAAGGGACUAACAGUUGUAGUUGAGUGGAGGAAACGUCGCCAAAAGUUGGAGGAAGACAAACUCCCAUCCAGGGUCCGUGUUCUUAAAGAUGAGACGGUCGGAGGAUGUUCAGGAGGGUCCAAAGCCGUGAUAACGAACUCCACAUCAAAUUCUUUACUGAAAAUCUUCAAGAGAGACGAGAAGGGUGACCCUACAACGAAGACUUGUAAACACAAAUAUUCUGAGUACCCUUACUGCUAUGACGAGAUCGACACUGAUACGCAUGAUGACCAUCACCUAAGAGACGGGAUACCAUCAAGUCCGAAGCACGGGAAGAAGCAUAAUAACUCCGUUAGUGUGGUGUCUUCGAAUGCCCUCAACGCUGAGGGUAAGGAGGAGCCGACUGCAAAGGACUGGCUGCUGAAGGGCGAGACCACUCCUGCCGUGGUGGAAAUGAACAACAUCAAGCAUAAAGAGGAUGGUACCAAGGAUCUCAAGGACGGAGACAGUUAUACUGUUAUUUUGAGAGAGCACUCGCGAGCGCACCACGGCCACUCGCACGCGCACGGGCACGUGCACGCUCCCCCCUCGUCCAUCGCGUCCGUAGCCUGGAUGGUUAUCAUGGGAGAUGGGCUGCAUAACUUCACGGACGGCAUGGCUAUUGGUAAGUUAUCUUCUAUUGGGUGGUUUUCCGAAAAAAUCACAAAAUGUUACUAUUUUUCUUCCGCAGGCGACUUCGCGGUGCUGCUAAAGGCGGGCAUGUCGGUGCGUCGCGCGGUGGCGUACAACGUGCUGUCGUCGGCGCUGUGCCUGCUGGGCAUGGUGUGCGGCGUGCUGGCCGGCCACGCGCCCUCCGCCACGCGCUGGCUCUUCGCCGCCGCCGCCGGCAUGUUCCUCUACAUCGCUCUCGUUGAUAUGAUGCCAGAGCUCAGUACAUCCCACAGCAAAGAAGGCACCCUAUGCCAGUGCAUUCUGCAGCUGAUGGGGCUUGCAACGGGCAUUGGCAUCAUGCUUGUCAUAGCCCUCUACGAAGAAGACCUUAAGACAUUAUUCGGCUAGACUGUGCAAGUGCACCUAAACCUGUGCAAGUGCACC